AUGGAGGAGCGCCCAGAGGUCGUCCUGCCGGCUGCCCUCGGCGCCGGCAGGGCCGUGGGCUACGUCGCCGCGCCGGGGGCGAGCAGCGUGCCGUUGGUGCUGCUGCCCUCCCCGCACGGGCGCCCCGUGCGCGUGGAGCAGUGGGAGGGCCGCCACGCCGUGAGCCUGCCGGCCGCCGCCCUGCGCGGGGUGCACGCGCGCCUCGCCGCGGAGGCGCCGUGGGCGGUCGUGCACGGGCUGCGGGAGCUGGACGAGGCCCUGGGCACGCUGCUCAUCCACGGCCUCGGGCCAUCGUUCGCGACCCAGACGGCGUGGAGACCUGCCUGGUGA